GCCCCCCAUUGCCCGGUGCCCCCCCCAUACCCUGGCACCCCCUGGGCCCCCAUACCCUGGUGCCUCCACUUCCAGGCACCCCCAUAGGCCAGCGCCCCCUGGCCCCCAUACCCUGGUGCUCCCCCCUAGCCCGGCGCCCCCAAACCCCAGCGCCUGGCGCGCUCGCGGCUGGGCGAUGAGCGAGCUCAAGGACUGCCCACUGCAGUUCCACGACUUCAAGUCGGUGGAUCACCUGAAGGUUUGCCCGCGUUACACGGCCGUGCUGGCCCGCUCUGAGGACGAUGGCAUCGGCAUCGAGGAGCUCGACACGCUACAGCUGGAACUGGAGACGCUGCUGUCCUCAGCCAGCCGCAGGCUGCGGGUGCUGGAGGCAGAGACGCAGAUUUUGACAGACUGGCAGGACAAGAAGGGGGACAGGCGGUUCCUGAAGCUGGGCAAAGAGCACGAACUGGGCACCCCAGUUAAACACGGAAAGCCUAAGAAGCAGAAACUAGAGGGGAAGGGUGGCCAUGGCACAGGGCCCGGCCCUGGGCGGCCCAAAUCCAAGAACCUUCAGCCCAAGAUCCAAGAAUAUGAGUUUCCAGACGACCCAGUUGACAUGCCUCGGAUCCCCAAAAAUGAUGCCCCAAACAGGUUCUGGGCUUCGGUGGAGCCCUACUGUGCUGACCUCACCAGUGAGGAGGUGCGAACCCUGGAGGAGCUGCUCAAACCCCCGGAGGAUGAGGCUGAGCACUACAAGAUCCCACCUCUGGGGAAGCAUUACUCUGUGCGCUGGGCCCAGGAGGACCUGCUGGAAGAGCAGAAGGAUGGCACCCGGGCAGCAGCGGCUGCUGACAAGAAGAAAGGCAUCCUGGGACCACUAACGGAGCUGGACACAAAAGAUGUGGAUGCACUGCUGAAGAAGUCAGAGUCCCAGCAGGAGCAGCCCGAGGACGGCUGCCCGUUUGGGCCCUUGACGCAGCGCCUCCUGCAGGCACUUGUAGAGGAGAACAUCAUCUCGCCCAUUGAGGACUCCCCGAUCCCAGAGCUGGUGGGCAAAGACUCGGGAGCUGACGGUGCCGGUACUUCACCCCGCAGCCAGAACAAACCCUUCAGCGUCCCCCACACCAAGUCCCUGGAGGGGCGGCUCAAGGAGGAGCUGAUUGCCCAAGGCCUGCUGGAGUCCGAGGACCGCCCCCCCGAGGACUCGGAGGAUGAGGUCCUGGCAGAGCUGCGCAAGAGGCAGGCCGAGCUCAAGGCGCUCAGUGCUCACAACCGGGCCAAGAAGCAGGAGCUGCUCAGGCUGGCCAAGGAUGAGCUACACAGGCAGGUUCUGCGGCAACGUGUACGCGUGGCUGACAAUGAGGUCAUGGACGCCUUCCGCAAGAUCAUGGCGGCACGCCAGAAGAAGCGCACGCCCACCAAGAAGGAGAAGGACCAGGCCUGGAAGACCCUGAAGGAGCGCGAGAGCAUCCUCAAGCUCCUGGAUGGCUAAUGGGGAAGUGCCUCAGCCUGCCCUGUCUCUCCAGACUGCCUGCACAGACCGCUCCUCGCCGGGGACAGGGAGGCUCCGACCCCGGGCCUUAGCAGUGACUUCCCUGGCCUUGUCUCAGUGGGGCUGGGCACAGGCUCACUCUGUCUGCCUGGGGCCAGGCUGGAGGGGUUUGCCAGGCCCUGGGGAGGCAGAGCCCCUAUGUGUGUCCCCACCUGCGGCUCUGCACCUGGUAGCACCUCCCUGAGCAGCUCCCUGGACUCCCCCUUCUCCCCGGGGUGCUCAGCUUCCCCGUAUCUCCCUUCCCUACUAUGCUGUGCAAGGUGCGCUCUCCCUUCCCAGCCCCCGGCGGGCCUGCUCCCUGCAGCAGGUGAUCUGCAGGGGCGGGUGCUGUGUAGGGCUGGGCCAGGUCCCUUCUCCUAGGCCUGUUCUUUGGAUCCCUGCUGCAGCCAAGGGCACCAGAGGGCUCCCUCAUCCGUCUGCCUGUAGGCAGCGCUCUUUCCUUUCUGGCCUAUCUGGCUGUAGAUCUAGAGCACUUGUCUGGCUGCAGGCGAGAGCCAUCCAUCCGCCCCAGGACUACACAAACACAGCUGCCUGUCUAGAAGGAUCACUGGUCCCGGCCUCUCUCCUGGUCGCAUGGGCAAGGGCAGGGGCUGACCAGCCCUGCUAGCAUAGCCCCAGCCUCCAAAGGGCCUGAAGCCAAGCAGGGAGCUGCUGCCUGGAGAAACCAGGGUUUGGGUGCCCCCCACGUGCCCAGUUGUGAGCAGCAGAGAGUGCUGUGACCCUGGGAACAGCCCAGCUUCCCUUUCCGGGUGCAGCUGGGCCCUGCUGUUAUUCUUGGAAAGCCGUGACAGCCCUGACAUCAGCUGCGCUGCAGCCUCCAGCCCCACUGCCUGGGGCGCCUCCAUGGGGCGGGUGUGUAGCUCCGGGGAGUGGGGAGGAUACAGACCUGCUGGACAGUGCAUCUCUGUUCCAUUUCCAGCUCAGUCCCCAGGUGCGGCGGGAGCUGCCAAAGCAGGGGGCUCUAGCUGUGUCCCUGUCCCCUUCCCCUGGGUGGGGGGCUGGCCCCUGUGGGAGUGGGGCUAGAAGUGCGGCUAGAAGUCUCCAUGGCUGGAGGCUGUCCAGCCACAGGAGGGAGCUGCCGAAGUGCGAUGGGAAGUUGAGGCCCGAAGGGCAGCCCCUCGCUUUGCCUCAGGCCAGCACAGCAGUGGGGGUGGGCAUGCAGCAGAGCAGAGGGGGCCUGAGGCAAAGGGGGAAGGAACGCUCCCCUGCUGUACAGGUCGUGCCAGAGCAGUUCUGGCAGUGCUGGGUGGGCAGGAAGACGGUAGCAAAUGGAGGGGCAGGGGCUGGCUGAAGUGCAGGACCUGGAUCUCUGCCUCUGCGCAGGGAGGGCCCCGCUCCACCUGGGGCCCCUGCAGUCCUGCACUCAGCUGCAGAGGUGCCCCCUAUGAGGCUUGUCCCUUGCGGGGAGGCACAGGCUGUGCCUGGCUGGGAGAGCACCUUAGUCCUAGCUUGUGGAGCUCCUUCUGGCUGUAGUAGCCGUCUCCUGGGAGGGCAGGGACACCAUGGCUGGGGCUGUGCCAACUGGGCAGAACCCAGAGGGAUUGAGCUGGGGCCAGGCAGGGGUCCUGGGCUCCCCUCUGCUUAGCGGGAGCAGCCCAGUUGCUGCUGAGAUUUGAGGCUCUGGGGGUCUCAGCACCAAGGCUGGGUCAGGCCUGUGCUGGGGGUGCUGCCUGCUGGGCUCUGCAUGAGAAUGACAGCUUUUAGCUGAUGGGGCAGGGGAGGGAUGAGGUGGGCCGUGCACCUGUCUCAUGUCAGUGCCCCGCACCACUGCCCGUGGGUGGGUGCUCUCUGCACAGGCCCUGCCAGGGAGUGGGGGGCUGGAGAGCAGAGACCCUCCAAACCUAGCUGCUGCCCAUGGGGUGGGUGGGGAAGCUGCUACUUGCCUUAGUGGGGUGGGCUGGAGUUCUGCCAGCCCUGUGGGUGCUCUCUCCAGUCCAGCACUGGGCACCUUCUGGGCUUCCCGAAUGCCAGUUGUCUGCCCCCUGGCCUCCCCCAACCGAAGGUGCACAAGGAUAGGUUCCAGCCAGGGAAACCUUUGUUUUCUCUCCAGCGGUUUCUUCACUCACCUCCCUGUUCGCUGGGAGACUCUGGGGCUGGCUCUUGGGCCCGCUGGUCCGGGGGGUGGUCAGAGGGUCCUUGCACCACUUUCUCUGAAAGCUUGAAUGGUCGUAUCAGGGCAUGGGAGCAGGUGAGGCCUGCUCCAGCCCCUGGCCAUGAUGCCAGCAGCUCUGGGAGGUCCCUGUUAGUGGGCUAAAACCGGAGCAAACCUAUCGGCUGACACACACGCAGGAGGGUUUCCGUGUCAUUCUGGCUAGGGAGGGAAGUGUGCCAGCUGAAGAGCUGGGACUAUAUUGACUAGUUGAAGGGGAACCCCCAGGGUCUCCCUGGCCUCUGCAAAGCACUGUUGGGGGCGCUAGGCUGCUGGAAUUCUGUGAGCAGCUCAGUCGUGGAGUGGGACUUCCAAAGGGCCUCAGACAGGGCCGGAGCCAGAAACCCCCGCCUAGGUUAUCCAGUCUGGCAAAAGGUGGGGAAGGCCUGAGGCCAUGAGCACGGUCAAGCUAUGGCUACAUGGAGCUGCCUCGGUGGCUCACGGACUUUUCUACGCCUGCCUCGCUCCCCACACCCUCUUCCUGAGAGGACAAUUGUAGAGUUGGAAAGUUCUUGGCCCAUGGUUGGGUCCGAGGCUGGGUGUUCAGUGUAUUUAUUAGCAAGCGAGAAAUUUAGCCAUUGUUGCAGAUGACACCAAAUUAUUUAAAUAAAGAUGGUGAAGACUGAAA